GUCUCUAUAGAAUCAAGGUGGAUGUGAAUGUAUAUAUAUAUCCCCUCUGUGACAACGCCUGUGUCCAUCGCCUUCUCCAUUUGACCCUGCACCUCAUUUCACAAUGUCUCAUUCAGGGGCUCAAGGUAGCAUAGGUAGCCACUCUGCUAUUGGUAUGCGCAAUUACAAGAUAUACUUCUAUGAGUUUGAGAACUUUCAGGGUCGCAGGAUCGAUGUGUUUGGAGAGUGCCGUAACCUGUGCGAGAAAGGACUGGACCGAAUUGGAUCUAUCAGAGUAGAAUGUGGCCCCUGGGUGGGGUAUGAACAGCAAAACAUGAAUGGUGAGAUGUUCAUACUCGAGAAGGGAGAGUAUCCGCGUUGGGACACCUGGUCUAACAGUCACAGGUGUGACCGCUUUAUGUCUGUCAGGCCUAUGCGCAUGGAUCCCCAAGACCACAAAAUCUGCCUGUAUGAAUGUCCUAACUUUGAGGGCCGUAAGAUGGAAGUGUGUGAUGAAGACAUACCAAGUCUGUGGUCUUAUGGAUUCCAGGAUAGAGUAGCCAGCAUUCAAGUUACAGGUGGAACCUGGGUGGGAUACCAGUACCCAGGUUACCGUGGUUACCAGUAUGUGUUUGAAAUGGGACCAUACAAGCACUGGAAUGACUGGGGAGCUCACCACCCUCAGAUCCAGUCCAUCCGCAGGGUGAGGGACAUGCAGACACACCGCCGGGGUUGCUUUGAGAUGACUGCUUAGGAGAAAAGUAACAAGUGUACUGUGUGCCCCUCUUUGGAAGUUUUCAUCCAAUUUAAUUUAUAGUGGUGACAGAUUAAAAAAAAGGACUGCCAGUAC